AUGUUAGGUUGGAAUAAAAUUACUUAAUUAACAAGUAAAGCAGGAGGAGCAGUAUCAAAAGUAAAAGAUUUUGCGAAAGAUUUAAUAACAGUUGAUACUGAAGAUAAUGAAAAUUAAACAAAUAGCUCUAGUUAAGAUUUUUAAUCUGCAUUUGCUUAAUUAUAAAAAGGAUAUGGUUUAGCUUAAAGUCCUAAGGAAAAUUCUAAAAAUGUUAAUGAAUUAACAAAAAGUCCAAAUGAAUCAGUAUCUCCCAUUCUCAGAGAAAAGAAAAUUGAAAUGUAAGAAAUUAAGAAAAAUGAAUUCGAUAAUUCUGCCUUUAUUGGAAUAAAAGAACUUAUUUAACAAAUAUUUUUAUCUCUUUAAUAAACAAUAAAAGCGUUAUCAGAAGAAAAGAAAAUUAUUAAAGAAGAAAUGAAGGGAAAUAUUUUAAAAGAGUAAAAAGAUUAAUCAUUAGAAUAAUCAGAAAUAAAUAAAGAUGAUAUUAAUUAUAAAGGAUAAAUAAAUUAAGAAUCUUUAAAAGAUAAAUUAAAUGAAAUAUCCAAGAAUUCAUCUAAAUAGUUGGAUGUAUUAAUUCUGUAAAUUUAAAAUAAUUAUUAAGAUUCACUAAAUAAAUUAAAUGAUCAACUAAUUAUUGAAUAAUCAUCAAUAGAAGAGAUCGGAUCACUGAUAAAUUAAUUUUUUAUUCAAAUAUCUCGUUAAAGUACUUUUUAUGAUAGAUUUCUCUCACUUAGAUAAUCAAAAGGUUAAACUAAAGAAGUUAUAGCUUUAAUAGAAAAAUCACUAAUUAAUACAGGAACUGAAAUAAUCUAAUAAAAACAAGAUUAAUAAUAGAGUAAAAAAGAAUAAUUAUUGAUAAAUGAUAAUGGCAGUUUAUAAAAAAAAGUUGCAGAUAUGUAAGAAAAAAUUAGUAGUGCUAAUAAUUAAAUAAAAGAUUUAUAAAAUAGAAUAAAAGAGUUGGAAAAAUAUCAAUAAGAGUGGGAUAAGAUAAAAAGAGACUAUGCUGAAGAGAUUAAAUAAAAUUAUAAUGAAUCUGAAAAUCUUAAAGUAAAACUUAAAUAAAAAGAAUUUGAGGUAUGAAAAUAUAAAUACUUUCAGUUGCAAUAAAGUAAUUCAGAUUUACAAAAAUUGCAGGAUCUUCGUACACUUAUAGAGUAGAAAUAGUAAGAAAUUGAUAGAUUAGAAAAACUUUUAGAGGAAUGGUAACUUGAAAACUAAUCCUUAUAGAGCGGUAUUUAAGCAGCAUAACUAUAAUUAGAGGCAGAAAAAGUAUUUUUGAUUAUUACCUUGUUAGGAUCAAAAGGAGAAAAUGAUAAAAAAAUUUUAGGAUGAAUAUAAAAAGUUAAGAUCUGAAAUUAGCAAAGAAGAUAUUAGUUAGUUGAAAUUUUUAAAAGACAAUAAUGAAAAACUUAAAUUAAAUAAUUCUUAAUUGAAAUUAUAAAUAGAGGAGUUAACAAUAAAACAUGAAUCUCUUCUAAGAUCCCAUGAAGAUCUUAAAUUAGAAUCAUAAGCUUUACAUAAUAAAAUUAGGUAAGAUCAGAAUUAUGCUAAUACUAUGGUUGAUAAAAGAGUUAUUACAAAUGUUCUAAUUUAAUAUUUUGAUUUUAAUUCUGAUUUCAAAGUGAAAGUGUAAAUAUUAGAAACUUUAGCAAGUUUAUUAGAUUUUACUAAAGAUGAAAAAGAAAAAAUAAGUAAAUUUUAAUAUAUCAUUAUAGAUCCAUAUCGAAAUAGGUAACAUUAAACAUAAGCUUAAUUAUAGUCUUCUAAUUUUAGAGAUAAAUUUAUUGGAUUCUUAAAACAUGGUGAAUGA